UGGAGUGUGGAGGGCAGGCAGGGAGGCUUUGCAGCUUGUGACGGUGUGGCAGAUUGCGAAUAGCAGCAAUUCCAAUUGACCAGCCAAGGCGCCCGGUGUAGAGAAACAUGUCCUGGAAUCCUGGUCCCCGGGGCUUGCCAGAGGCCAAAUUGCGGUUGCCAGGGGAUGCCGAUGGGGUGACACCAGCACCGGCAGCGAUCCAGCUCCCGCUUGAUGAAGAGGAUACACUCGAUCGGGGAUGAAUGGGGGGGGACUCUUCUGGCUUUUGCGGUAUGUUGGGGGUCGAAGGUCGCCAAUGGGAGAGAGCAGUGCGACGCACAAGGACCGAUUUUGAUAGCUUUGCGCAACAGCAAAAAAAAAAAAGAACAAAUGUGUUGUAGUUGGGGGACGUUGGCUGUAAAUACUCCAGCAAGUCCCAGCUCCCACUGGGGAAAGCUGAAAGCUGAGCAGACAAUUGCAGAGAUAUGUAUAUAUAUAUAUAUAUAUAUGCGCCAGGCGAGAUUUUGUAAGGAAGCAAGGAAGCAAGGAAGGAAGGAAGCGCUUACUAUCGAUCAUUUGCAGUCGUGGUGGGCCUUCCCCUCGGUCGCAGCCGCAGCACCAGCUCCUAUUCUCGUCUCGUCUCGUCUCGUCUCGUCUCGGGUCUCGACUCUGCUUCUCGGGCUCUGAUUUGAGCCAGCCGAGGGAUUAGUGGGUUGCGGCGGGCAGCCCCUUCGCGGUCCGCGCGAGAGUUGGGGCGACCGACGUUGGGAACAAAGGGCUCUGUGCUUGGCUCUGUGGCGAGCACAAAAUGUGCGAGAUCUCUUCGUUGGACCU